AUGACUGCAGCCUCUCUUUCCGUUUCUCGCUUUUCCUCGCCUUUCACAGUGUGCGAUCUGAUCGGGACCGGGGCUCGGCUGAUUAUCAGUUUGACUAGUUGUGCAGUGGCUCGAAUAAUACACUCUAUCACACAUCGACACGGGAUUGUCCAUGUAGCCUUACCGGAACCGUUGUGCCAGGACAAGGGCUAUCCGAGUAUACCAACAGCCAGUUGGAAAAUGGACACCAUAUGGCUACAACCACUGCCCCAUGUGAUCGUCCAAUCCCUGCAACAACUGGUUCGAAUGGAGACAAUGAAUCGUGCGAUCGUGCUGAGUAACGGAGCAACAUGUGAGUGCUCGGAUUUGAUAAAAUAUCUCUGUCACUCUAAUUGCACUAUCCCCCGUCGUUUUGACCUGGAAUUAUUCGAAUACCAAGUUCCACGUGAAGCGUCGAACUACGGGGACUGUAUAUUCGGUGAGGUCAGUAGUUAA